ACUAAACAGUUAUUGAUAGAUGUAAGUGAUGCUGUCAUCCCAUCUAUCCAAUUUAAUAAUUAAAUACAAUCUAAUUAUUAAUUUGGAAUAUCUAGAAAAAAUAUUUAAAAUAGGAUUCAAACAAUACAAUUCAUUCAUACUAGUCAUAUUUUACUAAUUAUGAUAUCGGGAUUAAUGUUCUAAUCUUUGCUUCCUACCAUCUUUCACUAUCCUUUGGAUUUGCAUUGCUUCAAUAAACUGAAAACUGAAUUAACUUUCUACAGUGCUGCUCAGGCUGACUAAUCAUUCUAUUUUAAUAAUCAACUUAUAUUAAAGUUAAAAAGACUAACAUGCUUAUUGUCUGGUUAAAAUGUUAACUAUAAGCUUAACAUGUUUAAUCUAUGCUUCAUCAUUCUUUUGUGAUAAUUAUACUCUGAGACCAAUUCAAUAGUGUUUUUACUUUUAUGAUAUUUUUUUUUAGUUUCCUUGAAAAACAUUAAACAGGGUUUGACUAUAUAUUCCAUUUUCUUCGUGAGAUUUUGGCAUUCCACCAGAUUCUGUUCAAUUUCUCAAACUGUCUUUUCUGGUUUCUUCCUGUUCUAUUGCUCAAGUAUUGUUCCUAUCUUGACUUAAUUUCAUUCUUGUAUUGGUCAAAUACUAAAGUUCUACAUUUCCAUUUAUAUACUAUUCUAUACUUCUCUCAUAUAAAUAGUUUUUCCCCAUAUUCAUAUAGAUAAUUCAGAAACUCACUGAAGUGCAUUUGAAAGAGAUUAUGCAAAAGUUAAUGAAAGAUAGUUAAUUAACAGCAUAGGCAAAGUCCCUUUGUGGAUAAUUGACUAUUGUAGAUUUGAUAUUUUCACCACAAUACAUACUUAAAAUAACUAAAGAAUGUUUUUUGGUGUAACUUUAAAAACAGUUAAUAGCAAGGUUGAGGCCAAAGUUUUAAAUGCAAAAACGUGUACUUUGGACAUUCAUUGCUGCUUUCCUGUAAGCCUAGAAUGUCUGUUUGGAAUGUAAAGCAUGAUUUAACUGACUAUCAAGUAGAGAUACAAGUAGUACAAGUAAAAAUAAUGGUGAUAACUAGGUAUAGUUAUAAACAUUGUGCAUAAGUGUGCAUAUUGUAAUCAGUUACUGUGGGCACAUUCCAGAAUAAAUACAGCAAUGGUGUUUAGAUUGUAUUGAACUUAACAAUUAAGUAAAAUAUUAAACAUUGGUUUAUUUUUAUUAACAAAGAUUCAUGGAAAUGCAGAUAAUAAAUCACCUUCAAAGAAACCAAAAAUCAUACUGAGGAAGUAUUGUAAUCUUUGUACAGAAUUAUUUUACUUAUUAUUAAUUCUCUUUAAACUGUUGUCUUUUUAAUGGUGUAAUAAGUCUAGCUAUAAAAUGCUAUUAUUAAGCACCACAAUAGAAAUGCAUAAAAUAUCACUCUGGGCCAUUUUUUUCUUUAUAACAAAAUAGCACAGAUAUGAUGUCCAUUUAAUAUAAUCUUGUCUGUAUUGUUAAAAUUUUUUCCCCCUCUUAAUUUUUAGCCAUGUUGCAAUUUUGCAACAUGUGGCCGGAAUGAUUUUUCUCAUUAUGUUAUGCCAUUUUGUCUGCUAAUCAUAAGGUUUUGAAUUCAAAAAGAAUUUCUACCAUAAUCAGGGUUGCAUAAAUGAAUCAAUACAAAUUGAAGAGAAAUAAAAUCAUCACUAAAAUAAUAUACCUACUGUUAUUUUUACUGUUUAUGGCCACUAAGAGCAAAUCAAAAUUGUUUCUUGAAUAUUUGUUUUUGCAUUGCAUAUUUUCAAGAUAUUGUACUUAUUUACGUUCAAUGUGCAAGAAAAAUAGAAAAGACAAAUUUCACUUAUAUUUCAUAUUUUAUAGGGGGAAAAAUUAAAUUUCUAUUAGUAUUUUAUCAUUAAAAAAAAAGUUACUGGGCUAAGUGAAAUUUCCAAUCCCACAGGCUAUACUCUAUUUCCGUUACAUUUAUAUGGCCAGCAUGUUGCUCCAAAGUUACAUGGCACAGAUUUCAAUGUAUAGUGUGUUGCAGAAAUGCAACAUGCAGCUUUAGUAAAUUGCUGGGUGUGUUACUUAUUUGCAACACAUGGCACUUAAUGUGUUCAGUCCUUUAGUUAGCUCCAUAGUAUUACCAGACUACUGGUAUAUUCAACAAUGCCAUUCUGGAAAAUGAUUUCUUGAAUAGUUCAUUUGGGAUAUGUAUUAUAUUAUAUUGGGAUAGUAUUUUUCUAGGCUUUUGAUGCUUAAGUGGUACCUUACACAUAGGAGAUUAACUUUGUUACUAUACCAUGUAAACUGCUGUUCACUCUCCAGAAGCCAGUCUUUCCCAUAUGAACAUUGCAGCUUUAAACAGUUUCUGUGACUGUAUCAAAGAAGUCAUUUCUCCAUUAAUAUCAAGUUUAUCUUUAUAAUUUAUAUAAACAUUGAAUUUUUAAAAUAGGAAGCCAGUUUGAAGACUCAAUUUUUUAAAGAGCUACAUUGAGCAUGCACGUAUCUUCAAGAUGGACAAUUUUUGAAUUUUCAGAAGAUGUAUUCUUUUACAAACAUUCCAAAGCAUAGAAACCUGAUGAUAACUGUUAGAUGGAAAAAAUGUUCGUUUAUGAGAGGUUUAAUGCUGGUUAUAGUGUAUUUCCACGAAGAAUAUCCACAUAAGUGCCAUGCUCAGUAGUACUCAUCAACGUGGUAUUAAACGAAAAUUGGAUCAUAAUGAAGGAUCUGAAAUUACCAAAGAUACUGAUAUACAACAGAGGCUGUGUUUUUUUCACAUCAGUAAAUGUAAACUUGAUCAGUUUCGUAAAGGACCAGAUCCCCGUUUACUCCCAUCAGUUUUACUUUACAACACAGUGCGUAUUUUAGGAAAAGAACUGGAGGAAGAUGGUUAUAAAAUCUCCUAUGAAUGCAAUCAAUUUCCAUCCAGUAACCAUACAGUGUCAGAACUGAACAUUAAUCAUCCUAACAUGCCUCAGAUUUCAUUCAAUUCCUCCAUGAGCACUCAUCCUGUUUCAUUAAAUGACACAGAUAAUUUGAAAUGUGAUGCUAUUUCUCCCAUUAAUAAUGAUGAAAGUUGUGAUAUCAAUAGUGAAUAUAGCAAGAAUCUUCAUGAUUUACAAAUAUCUGGAAGAAUAACACCUUUUGUGAGAACAAAUGAUAAAAUGGAUACUGGUGCCUUAUGUUUGGAUGAAAAUGAUAGGUUAACAAGUCUUAAUUGGAGUUCAGUUCUCAAUUUUUCUACGUUAGAAAAUAAUGUGGCUAAUGUAAAUGGAUUUUCAAACAAUGUGGAUAAUGAAAAUCCUAGUGCAAAUGUAAUUACUCAAAAUCAAGUACCUGCAGAUUAUAGUCCAUCCUUGCACACGUUGAUGCCUCCUGCUACAGUUUCACAAACUGUAAGCAACAAUGUUCUGCCUUCGAUAAUGCUCAAUUUUUCAACAUCAAGCACAACCAUGAGUGCUAGUCCAUCUGUUUCACUUAGUCCACUUACAGGAUCUUCAUAUGCAAGUAGUUCUUCUAGCUGCGACGAAAUGCUAGGAGAUGUGGAUGAAAUAUUCGGAGAUGUAAAUGUAACAUUAUAUGAUUAUGAUGUGUCACCACACAAUAUGAGAAUGGCCCCUAUGACUGCCGAAGAACUGAUUAGGUCACUUAGUAAUGAAUACGAAAAUGCCUCUUUUCCUUCUAGCAAUAUAUAUAAUAGGCAAGAUGAUCGUGAUCAUAUCACAUUUGUUCAAUCUUAAAAAUCUUAUUUACAAGCUUAAUUUCUUUUAAAUAUCUUAUUCUUCAAUUAUUUAUAAAUAUUUAAAAAAGUACAAAGUUUUUAAAAACAAAAAAGUAAGUGAUGAUACCUUUCUUUUUUUUUAUUCAAACUUUAGAAGCAACUGUAAAUAGGUUGUUGCUUUUAUUUAUGA